AUACAUAUCACCUGACACUUACUGGAAGUGGAAGGUUAGACAACAAAAGGCGGAGUCCUGGGUGGUGUGUGAAAUUGUGAUAAUUUUGUUGAUUUUACAAUGGCAGACCUCUUGGUGGUUCCUCUCAAAAAACCGUCGGAAGUGGACUUGGUGAAGCCACUGAAGAACUUGAUUUCUUCCUCUUACAAUACGUCAGAUAAAACCGAAGACUAUAAUGAAGCAAUUAACGAAUUUGCAAAACUCCGAAGUAAUGCGGUGUGGCGUGCGUUUGAAAAGUACGAAAGCUCGUUGGAAGUGAUUUACAGUUAUUAUGAUCAACUUUGUGCACUUGAAGGAAAGAUUCCUUUCCAUGAAAUCCAGGUUCCAUUCAAAUGGAAAGAUGCUUUUGAUAAGGGUACCCUGUUUGGUGGCAGAAUGAGUAUGACUGUUCCAUCAUUUGCUUUUGAGAAAAUGUGUGUGCUGUUCAACAUCGCCGCUCUUCAAAGUGCCGUUGCAGCGAGUCAGAGUGUGGAUAGUGAUGAGGGCCUCAAACUUGCAGCAAAAUUACUUCAGCAAGCAGCCGGAAUCUUCAACUACCUGAAAGCCAACGUGAUGUUGGCGAUCCAGCAGGAGCCGACGCAGGACCUCAAUCCGGAGACCCUGGGUGCACUGUCCUCGCUCAUGAUCGCCCAGGCGCAGGAGAUCUUCGUCUACAAAGCCAUCCACGAUCGCAUGAAGGACGCGGUGGUGGCGAAGCUGAGUGCGCAGUGCGAGGAGCUGUACGCCGAGGUGAUGAAGCUCUUCCAGAAGGAGCUGCUGCACGCCCUGUGGGACCGCGACUGGCUGCCGACGGUCGCCGGAAAGCAAGCUGCGUACCACGGUAUUUCGCAGUACUAUCAGAGCCUCGUCUGCAAGAGCAACAAGAGCGUCGGGGAGGAAAUCGCUCGGCUGGAGCACGCGCACGAGCUGCUGAAGGCGGCGCAGCAGCGCUCCGGGCGCCCGAGCUUCUUCCAGGACUUCGUGACCAAGGUGCAGCGCAACCUGGCCGAGGCCCGCAAGGACAACGACUUCAUCUACCACGAGCGUAUCCCCGAUCCCAAGACGCUGCCACCCGUCGGCAAGGCGGUCCUCGCCAAGCCCUCCGCCCUGCCCGACAGGCUGAGCUCCGGCUUUAAAGACUUGUUUGCCGAAUUGGUGCCCAUCGCCGUUCACCAGGCACUGGCUGCGUACGACGUCAGGAAGGCCGAAAUCGUCAACUCCGAAGUGACGAAGCUGCGGGAGUCGACACAGUUCCUCAACAGCGUCCUGGCUUCCAUGAACCUGCCGGCGGCCCUGGAGGAUGCGGAAGGCAGCGGGGGAGACGCCCUGCCGCAGUCGGUGCGGGAGAAGGCGGCGGCGGUGCGCGCGGCGGGCGGCCUGCGCCACAUCGAGGAGCUGAUCGCGGAGCUGCCCGCCCUGCUCGGCCGCAACUCCGAGGUGCUCGACGAGGCAGAGCGGAUGCUGCGCGAGGAGCAGGAGUCGGACGACCAGCUGCGGAAGCAGUUCGGCCAGCAGUGGACGCGUCUGCCGAGUGAGCGCCUCACGGAGACCUUCAAGGCGAACCUCGCAAAGUACCGCGAGAUCCUCUCCAACGCUAAGAACGCCGACAAGGUGGUACGCGACAAGUUCGAGGCGCACCGACAGUCGAUCGCCCUGCUGGGAGGUGGCGAGGCGGAGCUGAAGGCGGCCGUCCCUGCAGGCGGUGGCGGCUCCGGCGGCUCGGCUGCGACGGCCCGCCUCAGGGUCCUCAUCGAGCAGGUGGAGACGAUCAAGGCGGAGCGCGACGUGGUGGAGCAGGAGCUGCGCUCGGCGACCGUGGACAUGCGGCAGCAGUUCCUGGCCGCUCUGGCGCAGGGCGGCAUCGACGAGCCCGCCGUCUCCGUGGAGAGCCUGGGCCGCGUGUUCGGGCCGCUGCAGGCGCAGGUGCGGGACAGCCUCGCCCGCCAGGAGAAGCUGGUCGCCGAGUUGCAGGAAGCCAACGAAGAGUUCUGCAAGGAGAAGGCGGGCGGGGGCGCCGCGGCUCGCCGCGAGGAGGUGCUGAAGCAGCUGGCGGCGGCCCAUGACGCGUUCUUCGAGCUGCAGGGCAACCUGCGCGAGGGCACCAAGUUCUACAACGACCUCACGCAGCUGCUGGUAGUCUUCCAGAACAAGAUUUCAGACUACUGCUUCGCUCGCAAGACUGAGAAGGAGGAGCUGCUGAAGGACCUGACGCAGAACCCGACGCGCCAGCCGAUCGGUACGACCCCCGCCGUGCCGCAGCACUACGUAGCAGGAACCCUGACUUGGGUAAAAGACCUGGCAGUCCGUACUAAAGAGGAAACGCAGCAGCGCAUUACGCAGGCGGCCGGCUACUUGAUGGACAUUCCGAAGCAGCAGUAUGGCAAAUUCACUGAGGCAGUGGGUACCGUCAUGGGAAAGAGUGAGCCGCAGACAGGAACAGGUACUUCGGACGACAAGAAGGGGACGCCGCCCCCGCGCCCGCCGCCACCGUCGACGAGCCAGGGGGGAUCGUCCGCCCCGCCGCCGGUGACCCCUGCCGCAGGGACCGGGGCACUCCCGUACCCCGUGUACCCGCAGGGCAUGCCCGUGCCGUACGGCGCUUCCUCCGCCGCUCCGUAUCCGACGUACGUGCCGCCCCCCGGCUCGUUCAACCCUUAUGCGGCCGGUGUCGGGGGAGCUGCAGUACCGUAUCCGCAUCAACCGGGGUACGUCUACCCUUUCCCGCAGCCGCCGCCGUACCAGUCGUACCCCGGCUACCCUCAGCCACCGCAGCAACAGCAGCAGCAGCAGCAGCAGCCGCCACAGAACAGGCAGUGGUGAUGUAGUUCUGGAGCUCCGAGACUGCGCCGCGGCAUAAAAUUUACCCGUCUGUCAGUCUAUCUGCACGUAAGCCUGCAGGCCUCACCACAGCUAGUCGCACGGGAACUACGUGCGUCAAAAUUGCCAUUCGUUACGUAUUUCUACGCAUUUUGUGCUUCUGUAAACCUCCUGUACUUCCACCUCGGACGUCGCUGCCGCUCUUCGAGAGGCGGACGGAGAGGUACCGACCUUUGUCUACGUAGCCGUCUGCUGUCGUCCUUCCUCUGCGCGGCGCGCCGUGGCCGGCACUCGCGACGGCACGCGGUAUCCUGUCGCGCCGGGUCUCGUUUCCGUACGCAGCUACACCGAUCGUCGUACGUUUGUCGUCCGAGAAUAUUUGAAUGUUUGAAACUGAUCUUUUAACUUCUCGCCUGAACAGACAUUUUUAGGCAGGCCGUGUUAGAGACUCUGCUGUGCACACGACAUUCCUAGCCUCUUUUCCCCAAACGAUUUCUGUGCCUUUUUCUGUGGGCAAAAGUUGGUGAGCUCGUAUGGGGACACUUUUAAGCUAUUCCCUCCUCUUGGAAUGUGCAUAUAUUUGGUUUAAAAGACUUGCUCUAUACUCUUUCUUUUGUCACCUUUGAAUUUUAACAGGCAGUUUCAUUGUCUUAAAGUAAGGAUCUGUGCCGUACAGCUCCUGUCGGUUUUCUAAUUUCCACUGUCUGAAAAGUAGGCGGAGAGAUGUGUAGCUUUGCUUGUGGAAAUGAGCCGCCCGAGUCUAGAGGAGACUGUGGUGCUUCUCCUUCUGAGACUGUGUGUAGAAGGCUUUAGUGUACUGUGUCUCUCUUAUUUUAGUUGUUACUAUUAUAAUAAUCAAAAUGUGUUUUGUAGUGAGUUUGCUUGAUUUCUUUUUAUAUUCCCAGCAGUUGCGUUGCUGGUGUGAUGUUUAUACAGUUAAUUAUGCUGGAGAUGGUAGGUGCUGCACAGAAAACUCUUAUAUAUUUUGUAUGUUAAAAAGUUUAAUCAAUAAAGAUAUGUUGAGGAUUAA